CCAAAAAUAAUUCCAAGUAUAAAAAAUGAAAACUUAUCUCCAGUUAUAUUUAAAGGCAUCAUCGAUUAUGUUAGUGAUUUCUAUGACUGUGCCAAAGUUUGUGACAGCUUAUUAACAGAGGUGGAAAAUAAGACAGACUUAAUAGUACCAGUGGGUUUUGAUCUAGAGUGGCCAUUUAGCUUUCAAACUGGAAGUGGAAAAACUGCUUUGGUUCAAAUUUGUUUAUCAGAAGCUGUAUGCUAUUUAUUACAUGUGUAUAAUAUUCAAAAGUUACCUGCCAGCUUCAUUGCACUUUUAAGUCAUCCUAAAGUAAAACUUGUUGGUGUCAAUAUUAAAAAUGAUAUUUGGAAAUUAACAAGAGAUUUUAAAGAGUUUCCAGGACAGAAAGUUGUUGAUAAUAAUUGCUUGGAUUGUGGUACAUAUGCAAAUAAAAUUUUGAAACGAUCGUGUCGUUGGAGUUUAGAGAAAUUAACUGCCUAUUUGUUGGAAAAACACAUUAAUAAAGAUCCAUCAGUAAGAAGAAGUAAAUGGCAUAUUCAUCCAUUAAAUAGUGCACAAAAACUUUAUGCUGCGACUGAUGCUUUUGUCUCCUUGCUACUUUAUCUUAAAAUUGAAGAGAAAAAUAAGAUUUUAGGACAGAUUAAGGAACAGACAGGAUUAGUAUCUUAGAGUGAGAUUUUUUCGAAUAAGAAAAAAUUGUUAUUAAAUAUUAAAUAGUGCACAAACUAAAAA